AUAUGAAAAACAAAAGAGAAACAUAUAAGAAGAAAAAAACAGAUACAAAGGACAGAGUAGAAAAAGGAAAAGGGAAGGGGAAAGGAAAAGGAAAGGGCAAAGGAAAAGGUAAAGGAUAUGGAACGGAUAAAGUUGAUGAGAUCGCUGAUGACACCGUCGAUGAAAAUGACGGUAAUGCUGUAGAUUCAGAUGACGAGAAUACGAUUUGUUUAGAGUGCACUGAAUCCUACGUCGAUAGUGUUCCAGGCGAACAAUGGAUUCAGUGCAUAACUUGUAAGUUAUGGGCUCAUCCCAAAUGUGUAAGAGGUGACCUAAUGUUUUUUUAA